UAUUUCCUCGUCCGGCUACAACGCUUUUCGGUCUGGCAGGCCGAUCCGGCCGACCGCUCGGCCACGGAAGCUCUCGUCGAGCGGGAGGACGCAGAGGCCCACGAGCCGCACGGGGACGACGGGACCGCCGAGGUCCACCGCGCACGAGGCAACAAGGCCAAGCGCCGCGCGCGCCUGGCCCAGGACCGACGAAUUCCAGACGUUGCCCAUCACGCCUCGUGGGCUGAUGCCGGGCACGCACGCCGAGCUGAUGCUCAGCUGACGGCGCGGAGAGCAUCUGGGCAGACCGUCUUGCGCGCCGUGCUGGUGGCCGCUGAUGGCUCGAGACGAGCGUGUCCUCCGCUCCCAUCUUCUUUAGUUCGUCUGGUUGCCAAGCCUGGUUGAAUUCCAGCCGUGCCAAGUCUGGUUGUCAAGUCUGCCGCUUGAAAGCUCGUGCCGGAUCCCAGUGUGCAGGCCACUCGCUGACAUGAACGACCGCGAAGCAAGUUUCACCAGGUGUCUCUUUGCUGCGAAGCGCUUCGAUGCUCCGUGGGCACAUCACAGAAGAACUUGAUGUCUGACCGUAUGCGUCUACUCGUCCACUGUGCCACUAACGGAGUGUCUGCGCUGAGCGUGUUGCUGCGUCCCUGUGCGAAGCACGUUGUAAGUAAGCACUGGCGUCGUUCGCGAUGCCCUCCUGUGGAGCAUGCGUGCGUUGCGUGAGGCAAUUUUCCUCGCGGGGACCUUGCGUGUGGAGCGCCAGGAGUGCGCCGAGCCCGCCUCGUGUUGCCGAUUCGCAGGGGAGGCUCACCGAGUUCCCGCUCGGCCCGCCGGGUCGUUCUUUCCUCCCGCUCCCUCCGCCUCGUCGCCGCCGCUGCCGUCGUUCUCCCACCCUUCUCGGGGGCGGCCAAGAGG